AUGUCCGACAAGACAGCCGCUUCCCUUCAGCGCGGUAAGGCAUGCAGCGCCGCAAAAUCGUGUGCCCUCCCUCAGCGCCAGUCUUUUAAAUCUCAAAGCUUUUUCAUAGAAAUGCGACGGGAUGCGGCCGACGUGCUCGCAGUGCCGACUGCGCCCACCACGACGCCCGCGCAACUGCUCGAAACGAUCCAGAUUUUGCAGGCGCGUGUUGACCGGCUACAGCGUGCUACGGGCCAGACGGGUACAGAUGUUUUACUAAGGCAACCAUAUGCAGAAGGCGAAGGGAGCGGAGGCUCAUCUGGGUAUUCAAGUCCGUCGCCGACAGAGACAACGGCGUCUGUUCAAGAUCCACCGUUUCAUAUUGCGGCUACAUUGAUAGACCGUUUUCUUGAAGCGUUUGCUUACCGGGGGUACUUCUUCCUCGAACCGCGAACGUUCCGCGCCGCUGCCGUACUUCCACAACCUUUCGGGCAUCCGGACCGCCCUGCCCCCCCGCCAUAUACCGAGGACGCCUUCCUUUCCGCUGUACAUCAUCAUCUUCCUCGCGACGUUGCACGUUUCCAGAGCAGCCCUCGGAUUGUGUUGCACACCAUCCAGGCGGAGGUCUUGCUCUCCUACUAUUUCCUGCACGCUGGGCGGCACCUCGAAGGCCGGCAACAUACUGCCUCGGCCAUCGCCCUGGCUAUCACGGCCGGGCUGCACGUUCUCCCGCCGACGUCCGCCACGCAGCUCGAAAUACCACGAAUGGAGGCAUUCCCGGCCUUUUCAAUUCAGUCUGACGCGCUUCUACCCCCAACUGUGGAUGGCCGGGAGGCGACGGAGCGCGUGAAUGCGUGGUGGAGCGUGUGGAUAUUGAAUAAUUAUUGGGUUGCGGCGGAUGGUGGCGCUUCCGCAAUUCCCGGUGGGCUAAAUGUCGACACGCCUUGGCCGGGAAGUCAUAGUACGAGUGGUUCAACGAUCACGCGCUUCCUGAGCGGCAACGACCACGAGACGGCUGGACCCGUCGCACUGAUUGCCCGUGCAACGACACUUCUAGAGCGCACAAUUGCAUUUUCGGCUCACAGAACGAUCCCGCCUGACCCAAAUGUCUUCGCGACUUUUGCGCAGCGACUACAGGCCUUUCAUGCGAGCCUUCCCGCAAUUUCAGGGCCCGGCUCAAACGUCGACAGCUCACUUCUUCUUGCGCAUGUGCUUACGGACCUCGCUGCCGUUCGGCUCCACGCCCCGUACGCCGGUGCCGGCCCGACAGAGCCCGGCGCAAACCCGAGUCGCGGAGCCACGCUCUGUGCUGCGGCCCGCAUCGUGAGGCAUCUCGCUGGCUUCGCAGUUGACGAUGUCCGGGUCGAGCCUAUCGUCGGGGUUGUGGCUGCUAGCAUUGCAAACCUAUAUAUCACAGAGCUUGCGGCGCUGCGGACAGAACGUGACCCGCGGAGGCGCGCACAGGCCCCGGAGAUAGAGCUGCACCUGCGCGACCUCAUGAGUCUGAUGGCGCUCUAUGCGGGUGCAAGCCCGAUAACCCAGCAGUGUUUUGUAGAUGUGUCGAUGUCGUAUUCCGCCGUUCUAUAG